CCAAAUUUGAAAUACUACUAAAACACUAUAGAUAUAUGUUUGGAGGGAAAAUCUCAAAAAACAAAAAGGUAAAGAAAUGUCGCGGAGACGCCUUAGAAUUGUGUGUUCUUCUUCCGACGACGACGAAGACAUCGACGUCUCCCUUCAACCGCCGGAGCCGGCGUCGGAACCACCACUCUCUCACCAAAUUCCACCCAUUCUAGUUGAUGAUGACGAAGAAGAAGUACGAAUCGACCAGAUUUCCGACGACGAGGUUGGGAUUACUCUUCAAACCAUGAAUCUCAGCUCCGCCAAUUCAAAUUCCAAUUCCACCUCUGAAAACGACAAUCUUUCCCGCCUUAAUCCCAGCAUUACCCAGCCAACCCCUUUCCACAUUUCAGAUGACGAGAUGGAUGACGUCUUUCCCGACCCUGGCCCAGUAAACCCUUUUAAUUACGGGAACAAUCCUGUUUAUGACGGAAUUAAUGCGAUAUUGCGGAAAAUGGGGCUAGGGCUGAAGAGGGAAUGGUUGGAAGCUUGCAUUGGAGCCCUUCCAAGUUCCAUUCAAGGGUUUCUAGGUCUUGAUGAUUCUCAAAAGGCUAAGCUUUGCUUUGAGCAGUUUUUAUUUGCGGAUAUGAAUCACUGCGGCUCCGGAGUUCUUCCAAGGGAUGUGCAUAAAUUGCAUUUGGUUGAUCUCAAAGGACCCUAUAUUUUGCAGGUUGAUGAGAUGGUAAAUAUCAGUUCUCCACUUCGGACCAGGUAUCAGAAAGCAGCACCAGGGUCUAAGAGGUGCCUCAAACUAUCAAUGACAGAUGGUGUUCAGCGUGUUUUUGGCAUGGAAUAUAGACCAAUAAAAGAUCUUGAUGUUCUUUCUCCUGCUGGAAUGAAGAUUGCACUUUGCAAUGUUUGCGUAAGGCGGGGUAUUCUGAUGUUGGUUCCUGAAGUUAUUGAAGUUUUAGGUGGGAAAGUUGAGGAGUUGGAUGCGGCAAAACAGAGAUUAGUCCAUGAAAUAGAAAAGCCACCAAGGGGCAGAAGGGCAGGGAUGGUUCAGAAGUUAAGUGAAAGAGCUGCUCUGGCUGCAUGGCCACCUGAAACCCUCAAUGCACAAGACCCGGUUAACCAUUCACAAACAGCAACAAUGCGUUUUCAGGUUCACGUGCCAGGAAAUUUAUCUGGCAUUCCUGCUAGUGAUGGGAUCGAAGAGUACCAAAGAGGAAAUGUUGAAACUAAUCAGUCAUCUAUGGCUGGCACAUCCUGGGUUCCUUUUUCCACUGAGCAGGGCCAACCUGAUGGUAGCAUGAAUAUAGAAGUAAACAGCAUCCACGUGCCCAGUGAAGAAGCACAGCCUAAUAUAGAAGGAGAUGCAGAUGUCCAAGAAUUUCAAAUGAUUGAUCACUUUGAACCCCCUUAUAUGUUAACUGGAGAAAGAGAAUCCCCAUUUACUUAUCUGGCAAGUUUGUCAGCUAAGUGGGCUACUAUGAAAGACACUGUCUCCAAAGUCCAGGGGAAAGUGAAGUGUUUCCUUACUGGUGUAAAGGGAUUCCAGUUUAAAGGAAGAACCACCUAUGAGCUGCAAGCUUAUAUAGAUGAUGGCAGCCUAAUCACAGAGAUUUUUAUUGAUCAUAAUGUUGUGCAGAAUAGAAUAGGCUAUUCCCCUGAGGAGGUUAGCGAUGCAGUUACUUCUUCAGACAGCAGCCAAGCCAGUCAGAUGAGGGAGAUAUUGAAACAGUUUCAGUUUUUCUUGUUAAAUUUUGAGGGAACAAUGCUUGUUGAAAUGACUGCGGAAUCCUCAUUGCAUGUAGCCAUCGAAAUGGACCAGGGCUGCUCGGUUUCUGAUGCCUGGUCGCUGCUGCAAAGACUUAGGUCGUCUGCAUCUACUCAAAGACGACAGAGCUCUCAUUUGAAUGCUACCAACCAAUACCCCUUGAUUUGAAGAACAGAAGGUAAGGCCGUAGAAACUGAUGAAAGUAUCUUAUGCUAUUUAGUAGAUAUGGAGAAUGUAACCAUUCACCGCUGAGUAUCCUGUAAUUCACUCUGUGUAUUAAUUAGUCCAAAACUCUCUAAAGCAUAUGGUAACAGUAUUUUCUCUAAGCAUAUCAUUCAAUGCACAAACUGAAAAGGUGAACAGCAGACCCCAAUAUCAAACAGAAUAAUGAAAUACAGAAGAAAAUGAAAUAAAACUUAUAUGAACUUAUAUAGUCAUCUCAAAAAGGCUUUAUCCUGUUUAUUAAUAAGGGCAACUGCUGCAAUAAGGGGGCUUUGGGAGAAGUGAUUGGGACAGUGGAGUUCCCACACGUGUGAUCAGGGAAACUAACUUCGCGGUUGAUUAAUCAGCCUCCUUGGCAUUACAGGGCCUCUAGUUAGAGCUAUAUGUUGGGCACAACAUGAUAUAUCCUUGGCUUCUUUACCAUAGUUUUGAACUGUUUUCCUAUAAAUACAGCUAGGUUGUUGGUUUUCUA